GUUUGCCUAGCUGUCCCCCAGCCAGUGUUCUCAAGGAAAUUCUGAGCAAUGUACAGAGAGUAACUUUCUAUGGAUUUCUGAUGGCUCUUGCAAAGCAUCAUGGGAUCAACAAAGCUCUUGGAGCUCUCCCUGAGAAAGCAGAGUUGCUCCUUGACCCAGUUAUGGAUCAGGAAUUAGAGAAACUGAUUGCAUCAAUUUCAGGCCUUUCAGUAUCCAAUUCUAGCGCAGGCGGGGAUGCAACAAACAUGCCUUCACGUGCUUCGCCACGCAUCUGUUCCUUUUGGAGGCCGCUACACCAUCGUCGUAAAGUGGAUACUGAAAGCGAUGGCUCCACAGAAGAGACAGAUUCCUCAGAGAACUGAUAAAGGAGUACACGACAUUUCACAGGUCCUUAUCAUCAAAGUGUGGGACUUAGGGAAACGGAGAUGGCAACCUAGUGCAGUUGUAGGAUCAUACUGCUCUCUUGUGGCAAAUUGAUUGAAAUACGAGAGCAUUUGUUUCAGUGUUAAAUUUAAUUCUCAGUGUGGAGUUUGCAUCACAAUCCUUUGAUCUCUGUUGUACACACAAGAUUUUACCCUCUCUCUACAUAUGAACCCUUUAUCAUAUGGCUCAGUAUUAACAUAUUUUAUGAAAAAUCCAGAUCAGAAAGGAAACGUAUGGCUUUGAUGAAUGGGUAAUUUUUUUUCACUGUGGGUUCAGGAUGUGACCUAUGUGUAGACAAUAAAGAAUGUUGCACUAGGA